CCUUAAUUAAACUCCUCCCUCUCGCUCGUUUGCUUCGCCUGGAAUCAUAUUCCCAACAGCUUGUAGGCGCGCAUGGAUAAUUCGGCUACGCAUCCAAAAAUCAACAAGUUCAACACGGCGCCACUACAACAAUGUUUGCCCAACUUCAUAACCGCUAUGAGGCUUUGUUGAAUGAAAAUAACUUUGUGACAGAUCUCCUAGCUACGGUGGAGGAGAAAACUGGGAUACAGAAAAAAUAUAUCGCUUCAGGUGUGGUCUCUCUGAUCAGUCUGUAUCUGUUGUUUGGCUACGGAGCCUCUCUCCUCUGUAACCUGAUUGGCUUUGUCUACCCAGCGUACCUCUCAAUCAAGGCCAUAGAGAGUAAGAAGAAAGAGGAUGACACUCAGUGGUUGACCUACUGGGUGGUCUACGGAUUCUUCAGUAUCGCCGAAGCUUUCUCUGACAUCUUCCUCUCCUGGUUCCCCUUCUACUAUGCUGGCAAGUGUUUGUUCCUGGUGUGGUGUAUGGCUCCGGUGACGUGGAACGGUUCUGCUAUUCUCUACUCCCGUGUGGUCCGUCCCGUGUUCCUCAGACACCAGGCCACCCUGGACAGUGUCGUCAACAACCUGAGUGAUAAGGCCAAGAACAUGGCUGAUACUGUCACUAAAGAAGCUGUCAACCAGGCCCUCAAGAAUGACAAGAACCAGUGACGAUGUAUGACCACAAGCCUGACACCUCAACUCCAAUAAACACACAGAACCACAUGUGUAAUGUCCCAUGAUGAAGGAAUGUAAUGGAUCCUGUCACGUGAUCAGUUGCCGGUGACCACCCUGCAGCAAAUAGAAAAGGGACUUGUUUAUUUUUUUCACUCGAAGGCAUUUUCUGCUUCCUAGUCUGUCUUUUUUAACAGUCACAUGUAUCAAUCUUAUGAUGAGAUUCUGAUAAUCCAGGCAUUGUAGCAUCUGAUAAUCUGCGCAGCAUGACUGUUUUUAAAGACCAGUUGGAAUGCAAUCAGAAGCUUAGGGUAGCCACCACACAAUCCAGCUGACCUCUAAACAAUGUGAAUGUCUUAAUGUAAUCUGUAGCCUAGUGCCAGGAAAUCCAUGUGUGUAGACGUCUGUGAAUCAGGACGCUCUCUACGGAGCAACGUUGACUUCACAAAUCCACCCUUAGUUUAUUCCCCUUUGACCUACACCAGCACUAACACACCAGAUUCAAUAAAUCAGAUGGUGGCUUAGUGCUGGGCUAGAACAAAAAUGUUCCUAUAUUAAUGUUUUGGGAAACAUGGUACCGGGGGGUAGGGGCUAAUGGAAGUGUCUAGGGAGUAGAUGCUAGGGGUAUGUUUGGAUGGAGCUGUUCUGAGCCAGGUCAUUUCCUACAAAGUAGCCAUGUUAUUUCAGUCUCUUGUAAUUAGUGCAUACUGUACCAUGUCUCCACAAUGUCUGCAGAUCUGUGCCAAAGAUGUUUACUCCAUCACCUUGCCUGAACAAAAUGAAUAUGAACUGAACUGAACUGGAAAGUGUUUGUUUAGUACGGUCUCUAUUCUCAUCUUUAAUAAAUCAAACUGGAACUUGA